AAGGACAAGCAAACCUCUUAACAGAGGGAGUGCUCUGGAUACGGUGACUGGAGUACGGACGUCUCACCGCAUAAAGAAUAAGAGAGAAUCCCAUAAAGCUGAUGAUGAUGAUGAUGAUGCUGAGGAGCAAGAGAAGUAUUAUGAUGAUAGAAAUGCUGAAGGCAAUAUUGUUAGUGACUUGGGAUAUACUGUUGAGAUUCAAAACCUCUCUCCCGAUGAUGAAAAUACACAGAAUCCCAAUGUAAAGCAGAAAGGUGAUAAAGAACUGAAAGAGGAGUUUCUCGACAACAGUACUAUUACAGCUCAAACAAGUGAUCCACCCAGUGUUUCUAUAGCAACCAGUGACCCCACAACAAUCUCCAAGGGUACUGCCACAACAAACACUAGUGUCACCAUAACAACCAGAGAUGUAACCCCAACAAACAAUGAUGCAACCACAACAAACACCAUACGGAAAUCUAGUAGGACAGGAAAACAGCUUCAUGAAGGGAGUGCCCUGGAGAUGCUUACUGAUGUUAUGUUGAUGAAGGAACAACAAGG